UCCCAGCCCCUGAAAGGAUAAAUAUAUUGACGGGAUGGACACAAGGCAGUGGAUUUCUUGCUUUGCUUGAGGGAGAGCUUAUAGUGCAGCGUUUGUUUGGGACCAUACUUGAGUGCCAUGGAUAGGGUUACAGUUAUGAACUACUGCUUAGGACUCCUGGGUUUGUUACUACUGCAGGGAGUGCUAAAUGUGGAGGGAAGGAGCAUAUUUAACACAGGAAACCAUGUUUUUAAUCCCAAGGAAGACACAGACGCCCAGAACAAGAUUCUUGCACUGCUACUACACAAAAGCUUAAUUCCUGUUGAAAAGGACGAUCCUCUAGGUCUUGAGCUGGCCAAUAAAUUAGCUGAAUUAGAGGAGCUACAGGCACUGAGGGAGGACCUGGAACUGGAGCGGGAGAUCACAGCCAAUUUAGCAGAAGGCAAACCCAUAACUCAGAAGAGGGGUGAACCUUGCUUCUGGAAGUACUGUGUGUGAGGACGAUGCAAGAGGACGAGGUCCACUGUGAAAUCUUGCUGCAAAGCCCAACAUAGCCUUAAGAAUCACAACACCAGUAAUUUAAUCACACUGUAUUUAUUCUAGCAAUAUAGAGUUGUACCAUAAUCAAUGUCAUCAAUAAAUAUUUCAUUUCCACUGCGCUGAGGUGCUC